AUGGCUACCUCUGGAUCUUCCCACUUGAGCUCUGGCAAAAUAAAUCUUGGAGUUCUAAGAGAUCAUUAUCGCAGAGAAUUAGUUGAAUGCAUUGACAGGUGUACUGGUACUAAGGCACUUGUGUGGGAUGAUGCUUUGACUGGACCUUUUGGAUUGGUUGCUGAAUAUUCCUUAUUAAAGGAUCAUGAAGUUGAGAAGAUGUUCCCACUGGGUCCUAAAACUCUACAGCCCAGCAAUGUACAAAAUAUCAUUUUUCUCACCAGACCAAAACUCAAACUUAUGGAACUGAUAGCCCAAAACCUACUCAAUGAGGACCAAAAAGGAACACUAAGAACAGAAUUUCAUCUUAUUUUUGUUCCUAGGAAAAGUCUAUUAUGUGAAAAGAAAUUAAAGGAAAUGGGAGUAUAUGGUACGUUUACCAGUGUAGAUGAGUUUAGUUUAGAAUUAGUACCAUUUGAUAAUGAUUUGUUGUCUAUGGAAAUGGAUACAACAUUUAGGGAAUGUUAUCUAGAGAAUGAUUUCACAUCUAUGUUUUAUGUAGCUCAAUCUAUUAUGACAUUACAAGCUCUAUAUGGUAUUAUACCUUAUAUUAAUGGUAAAGGUGAUUGUGCUAAGCAAGUAGUGGAGAUGAUGAGAAGAAUGAAAGGAGAGUUGGGAGGUCGUGAACCUCAGAUAACACCACAGAUAGAUAAUUUAUUAAUUAUAGAUAGAAACGUAGAUUUAUUAACUCCCUUGUUAUCACAAUUAACUUACGAAGGUUUGAUUGAUGAGACUUUUGGACUCAAUAAUACAAGUGUGAAACUACCAGCAGAGAAGUUUGUACCUAAAAAUCAGAAGUCAGAUGAGCCACUAGAACCAAAGAAGUUUGUAUUAAAUUCCUCCGAUGAACUGUAUGCUGAUCUUAGAGAUAAGAAUUUUAAUGCUGUAGGAUCUAUUGUUAGUAGGAAAGCUAAAGCUAUCACUGCUGAAUUUGAUGAAAGACAUCAAGCUAAAACAGUUGGUGAAAUGAAACAGUUUGUAACCAAAUUACCUCAUCUACAGAAAGCUAGAGAGUCUUUAGCUACACAUACAUCUAUAGCUGAAUUAGUAAAAGAAGCAACCAAUUCUGAAGAUUUUAUGGAUACUUUAAGAUGUCAACAAGAUUUUGUUAAUGGUUUAGAUACUGAUAAGGUUCAUCCUUAUAUUGAAGAAUGUAUAGCUAAAAAACAUCCCAUCACAAAGAUAUUAAGAUUAAUCUGUAUCCAGUCAUAUUGUAAUGAUGGAAUGAAACCUAAAAUAUUAGAAUAUUAUAAACGAGAAAUUAUACAGACCUAUGGAUUUGAACACAUGUUAACUCUAAUGAAUUUAGAGAGGACAGGUCUAUUACGACCCAGUUCUACCAGAACCUACGCCAUCAUCAGAAAAUCCUUACGACUUAUUGUAGAAGAUGUUCAUGAACAGAACCCAACUGAUAUAGCUUAUGUAUAUAGUGGUUAUGCACCAUUGAGUGUUAGAUUGGCCCAGCAUUUAGCUCGUCCAGGUUGGAGAAGUAUAACUGAAGUAUUAAAUUUAUUACCUGGUCCAAAGAUUGAAGAAAUUCAACAAAUUCCUGUAGCAUUACGUAAAAGAAGAAACUCAAUGACAUCAUCACAUUCCAGUACUGGAGAUCAGAAAGUUACUCUGGUGUUUUUUCUGGGAGGUGUAACAUAUGCUGAAAUAGCAGCAUUAAGAUUCCUAGCACAACAAGAUGAUGGGGGAACAGAUUAUUUAAUAGCCACAACUAAAAUUAUAAAUGGAAAUAGUUUUAUAGAGUUAUUGAAGGAGAAGGUUGACACAGUUAAAUUAAAUCCAUUUUGAACUACAAAUUGGUAUUAUGAAUUCGGUCUCAAAACAGAAUAUAAAAGGUCAUUUUUGUGAUGACAAUAUGAUAUGCAAUAUGUUAUCAAAGGGAUUGAGUCCUCCAAUUUGUUCACGAUGAACUGAAAUUUAGCUUUCCUUUCCAUGCAGUUUGUCUACAAUAAAAACAAUUGAAUUGAUAGAAGUAAUAGUCUGUAAGAAAUUCCAAUUAUAGUUGUUUAUUUCAAUUCAAAUCAAAGAUUAUUUGAAGUAGUCUUUUGAAUUGUGAUAAGCUUAGAUAAAAGUGGGUUUUAAUUUUGUUCAUUGCAACAUAUUGCUCAAUUGUAAAACUUUUCAUUUCACCAUUGCUUAUAAUUGAAAGAAACGUGAAUCUUUUAAUUUGAACACAAUAAUAUUUGUUUAAUUUCUCGUAACAUUUCUUUCAUUACAUGCAUGAGUAUAAAGGUGUUUUCGAUGGAUGCAUACAAAAUCAUUUGAAAUAUGAUCAAAAUUCAACAUUUAAAAACCUAUUUCAAAUGGUAAAGAGAUGUUAUAAUUUGUUAUAUAAAUUGUUAUGUUAUGUGUAUUUAUUAUGUUAUAUUAUGUUAUAUUAUGUCAAUAUAAAACUAUUUUCUAAAAUU